AUGGUCUGGGACUAUGGGUCGAGAGUAUUCCUGGAUUUCUUCCUGCUGCACAGCAUCCCGAUCGGAGUCGCCAUCGCCCUCAUCGUGAUCAACAUCAACGGCAACUACUACACCUACAACGCCACCUGGAUCCCCACGCUCCAGUUCGUCGCCAAAGUGCACGAGCUGCUCAUGCAGGUGUCCAUCGUCACUGUUGCGGUCGCCUAUACCGGCCGACGCCCAUUGCCGUUCGGCGCCAUCUUCUUCGCUUACCAGGUCACCCAGAUGAGCUAUCUGUGGUCUCCCGAAUUUCGGGCCGCGGUGACGGCCUCGGGGUGGCCGGCCUUCGUGAAGGUCCCAUUCUUGCUGUUCGUUGCCUUCAGCACUCUCCUCGCUGCGGCCGUGGGCCUAUCCAGUGCGAUCGCCAUGCAGCCGCGGCCGGUCAAUUUCACGCUGCCGGACUACGGCGUAGCCUUGAAUGUCACCAGCGACAUCCUCUACCCGACUGUCUUGCGUUCGACCAACUUCUCAUCCGUCGAUCCAACGGAUGACUCCGAUCCGUAUGAUGAACGCUUUACCGAGACGUCCCCUGCCUCGGGGUGGGAGUAUCUGGCAUACCUGCCCCCGCUGGAAGACUCGCAGACCGGCGUCCAGCCCAAGUCUGUCCCGAACAAACAAUUUGGCGGUAUGCUGCCGGAAAUGAUCAUGCCGGAUGUCUACUCGUCCCAAAUGGCCACAUACACUCCCCGGGCGGGGAUCGAUUCGGGAAUGGAGCCGGAGGUGACCCGAUCAAUAUACGUCCAGUACGCGCCCAACAGCACAAUUGUUACCGUUCAACAUGUCCCCGUAGCCCUUGCUCUGCAACUUGGCAUUGAAAUGUAUGCCGGGAAACUUGUGUACGGUAAACCGGAAUUGUACGACGAAGCGAUGCCGAUGGUCAUCGAUGCCAGGAUUGACAUGCCUCAGGCGUACGCCAGCGCCUACUGUGUGAUGAAUACCAUCAGGGACAAAUAUGAUGAAGAUCCGAUCAACUUUCCCACCACCUACAUCGCCGGGUGCCACGGGAAUGACUGUCCCUGGAACUCUGAACCGUACGGCGAACCGACCCAUACCCUGAACCCGCCUCCAGCCACGGUUGCGUAUACGGCCAUCAGCCGGAGAGAGAUCUUGGAACAGGCACGGCAGAAGCCCGAGGGGCGGAUUAUCUGGAUCGACGAUGUGGCUGUGACGAGUCCCGUCAAUGGGACGGCGUUGGGCGCCAUCGUCGUGCAGGGUGACUUCUGUAGCGCAAAUCAGACCAACCUGACGACGUCGGCAUGCCUCGUGGGAGCACAAUGGGCCAACACGACCACCUACAUGCAUAAUAUCCCAGGAAGCGGGAUGCACACGGGACUCGUGGCGCAAAACCUGCUGUCUCCGGAUGACCUCGUCACGGUGCCUCGCUGGACGCAGCAGCCGUCGAUCUCGAUGAGCAAAACGUGGGCAGAGCAGGGGUUGAACCCAACCACGAGCAUUAACAACCGCACCGUAGCCGACAUUCUGCUGGGCCAGUUGCCGCUGACGAGCUAUAUCUGUCCUGUCGGAGGAGAUUUCCUGCCGAACUACUACCAGCAGGACGCGGCCAUCACCCACUCGUCCAACGGCUGGGGGCGUCCGUUUCUGCACGAGAGACUCAUCGCAGCCCUGGUCGCAAACGGGCUGUCGCACGCCGCAGGAGUCGUCGAGCUGUGGACGCUUACCGGAGGUGACGGGAUCACAAUCAAGGUAGCAUUAGCGAUCCUGUUUGUGUACUGCGUGUACGCGGUAGCCUAUGCGUUAUAUUCUGUAGGCACGAUGAGAGCCUCGCACACGUGGUCGACCAUCUCGGGACUGACGGCGCUGGCGAUGAACUCGACACCCAGCGCCGAACUCAAGAAUACGGGCGCGGUGAUCGAGCACACGGAGACGUUCAGGAAACUGCUCAGUGUGCGCGAGACAGAGGUCGACGGGCGGUUGGAGUUGGUGUUCAAACGAGAUGAAGAUGGGAAGGGGCCGUAUCGACGAGUUGUUCGGGACAAGAAGUACUCUUAG